UGGUACUUACAGAGCUCAGCUGGAAUCUGUUUUUGAGGAACUGGAGCUUAAAGUCAUCAACAUGUUAAAGAAUGAGCUUAACAAGUUCAAAAAGCUCCUGAAUGAAGAUUACCCAGCAUGCUCUGAGCAGGAGGUAAAGGAUGUGGAAGAUCUGAGUAGUUUCAGAGAGGGGGCGAUAAAGAUCACACUGAAUGUUCUGAAGAUCAUGAACCAGACAGACCUUGCUAACACCCUGCAGAGGAAACUUUUAGUCCCUGUAUAUCACAAAAAACUCAAAUCCAACCUGAGAGAGAAAUUUAAAAGAAUCAGUGAAGGAAUCUCCCAGCAUGGAAGCUCAGCACUUCUGAAUGAGAUUUUUACAGAGAUUUACAUCACAGAGGGUUGGAGCAGAGAUGUCAGUAAUGAACAUGAAGGAAUCGCUGGAAUUGGAAAAACAGUCUCAGUGCAGAAGUUUAUUCUGUACUGGGCUGAAAGAAAAGCAAAUCAGGACAUCAUCUUCAUAUUUCCACUUCCUUUUAGAGAGCUGAACUUGAUGAAGCAGGAAAAUCUCAGUCUGAUGGAACUUCUUCAUCAGUUUUUCCCAGAAGUAAAAGGUCUGCCAUUAUUAGACUGUAAUGCUUAUAAAGUUUUGUUCAUCUUUGAUGGUCUGGAUGAGUGUCGACUUCCUCUAGAUUUUCAAAAUAAUGAGCGAUUGUGUAACGUAACAAAGUCAGUAAAAAUGGAUGUGCUGCUGACAAACCUCAUCAAGGGGAACCUGCUUCCCUCUGCUCACCUCUGGAUGACCACUCGACCAGGAGCAGCCAAUCAGAUCCCUCCUGAGUGUGUAGACCAGGUAACAGAGGUACGAGGGUUCAGUGACCCUCAGAAAGAGGAGUACUUCAGGAAGAGAAUCAGUGAUGAGAACCUGGCUAGUAAAAUCAUCACUCACAUAAAGUCAUCAAGAAGCCUCUACAUCAUGUGUCACAUUCCAGUUUUCUGCUGGAUCUCAGCCUCUGUUCUAGAGAGAAUUCUGGAUGGAACCGAGGGGAAAGAGAUCCCCAAAACUCUGACUCAAAUGUUCACUAACUUUCUAAUCUUUCAAAUAAAACAUAAGGAAAAAAAGUACCAUGGGAAAUCUGACCCUGAUCCUCACCAGACCAGUGAGACGAUACUGGCACUGGGAAAACUGGCCUUCCAACAGCUGGAGAAAGGAAACCUGAUCUUCUAUGAGGAAGACCUGACAGAGUGUGGCAUCAAUGUCAAAAACACAUCAGUGUACUCAGGAGUCUGCACCCAAAUCUUCAAAAAAGAGGCUGGGCUGCACCUGGGUCAGGUCUUCAGCUUUGUGCACCUGAGCGUUCAGGAGUUUCUGGCUGCUUUAUAUGUAUUUCUCACCUUCAUCAACAAAAACAGAAAUGUGCUGGUGAAGCAAAACACUGGAUUCUUUAACAUCUUUAGAAACUCUAUGUCUGACUUUCUGAAGAGUGCAGUAGACAAGGCCUUACAGAGUGAGAAUGGACACCUGGAUCUUUUCCUCCGCUUCCUCCUGGGUCUCUCACUGGAGUCCAAUCAGACUCUCUUACAAGGCCUACUGCCACAAACAGGAAGUAGCUCUUACAACAAAGAGAAAACAGUCAGGUACAUCAAGGAGAAGAUCAGUGAGAAUCCCUCUCCAGAGAAAUCUAUCAAUCUGUUCCACUGUCUGAAUGAACUGAACGAUAAUUCUUUAGUGCAGGAAGUCCAGCAAUACCUGAAAAGAGAAGGUUCUAUUGAUCCCGGUGAGCUCUCUUCUGCUCAGUGGUCGGCUCUGGUGUUUGUGUUGCUGAACUCAGAUCAGGAGCUGGAUGAGUUUAAUUUGAGGAAAUAUUAUCCAUCACAUGAAUGUCUUCUGAAGAUGCUGCCAGUGGUGAAAGAAUCAAAAAGAGCUAAGUUGUGGGAUUGUAAUCUAACAGAGAAAAGUUGUGAAGUUCUGUCCUCAGUUCUCAGUUUAAACUCCUCCAGUCUGAAACAUCUUAACCUGAGUAACAAUAAACUGAAGGAUUCAGGAGUGAAGCUGCUCUCUGCUGGACUGGAGAAUCCACACUGUAAACUGGAGAUACUGGAGUUGUGGGAUUGUGAUCUAACAGAGGAAAGUUGGGAAGUUCUGUCCUCAGUUCUCAGUUUAAACUCCUCCAGUCUGAAACAUCUGAACCUGAAUAACAAUAAACUGAAGGAUUCAGGAGUGAAGCUGCUCUCUGCUGGACUGGAGAAUCCACACUGUAAACUGGAGAUACUGAAGUUGGUGUGGUGUGAUCUAACAGAGAAAAGUUGUGAAGUUCUGUCCUCAGUGCUCAGUUUAAACUCCUCCAGUCUGAAACAUCUGAACCUGAGUAACAAUAAACUGAAGGAUUCAGGAGUGAAGCUGCUCUCUGCUGGACUGGAGAAUCCACACUGUAAACUGGAGAUACUGGAGUUGUGGGAUUGUGAUGUAACAGAGAAAAGUUGUGAAGUUCUGUCUUCAGUUCUCAGUUUAAACUCCUCCAGUCUGAAACAUCUAAACCUGAAUAACAAUGAACUGAAGGAUUCAGGAGUGAAGCUGCUCUCUGCUGGACUGGAGAAUCCACACUGUAAACUGGAGAUACUGGAGUUCUUGUAGUACCGCCCGUGCCUC